AUGGCAGUACCGGAGGCUGAGCCUCCUCGACCAAGCUGGAAGUACAAAAUGCAAAAGACUUUUAAACCAAAUCAAACAGGCUUCUCAACAAAAGGCAGAGCGCAAACAGACGGCUCACGGCCUCAGUUACAGAUUUCAGCGCCGUUCGAAUUUCGACAUGUUGAAUCUGGCUCAUUCCAAUUCCCAUUCCCCCCUCAUCGGCCAUCUCGUCCCUGGGAGAGUCCUGUGACACCGGAUACGCCUGAAACUCCCUUUGAACCGCUCCAGUUGAACAUUUCAAGCUCAGGAAAAGAGUUGUCUCCAAUAGUUCCGGAUUUUUCCUUUCCUACUGAGAUGACGCCGCCAUCUUUAGUUCAUAUUCCAGGCAGGCCCUACGGUGAACGCUCGCCAUCUCAGAAGAGAAGUCAUUCAUCUACGUCAUUUCAUAUUCCUCGAAAAAAUAUUGCUGCCGGUUCAUUGUCAAGCAGCCCAGAGGUAUCACCAUUAAACCUCGCUUCCGACAAACAGCCCCGUGCCCGGGAUUAUACGCCAUCUGAUAUGGAGGCCAUCAAAGAGCGCGUGGCGUGCGCCAUGAAUGAAGUGGAGGAGCUGCAGAAAAAAAUCAACGACAUUAUUGAGCGCCAAAGCCUCUACACUGCCAGCAGACCAUCGACAGCUCACUCGAUGGCUCGUACGGUGCCUGAUGCAGCUGAGGUUCCGAUAAUUCCUGCUCUACCGCCAGCAGCGCCGUCAUUUGCUGAGCGCCUAAACACAGAAGUGUCGCUGCCCAACAUCGGACCCAUUACAGCAUCCGUCCACAUCAGCCAGCUAGAAGCGUAUGAGGAAACGCUUGACAAUAUCAGGCAGUUGUCGCAAAUAAUGCCGAUGCAAGAAGAGCGGACACCCCCACCGCCUCCACCGCCUCUACCUCUUGUCCUACGGCCACCGCUGCGGAAGAAGAAGUCAUUUUCGCGGGUUUCUACCUGGCUGUUUCAAGAACCAGGACGCGCCAGGAACCAGAGCAUGGACUCUAUUACGAACGCUCCACGCCCUAUUAAAGGAAGCGAAGGGUUUUAUCAGUGUGUAACGCCUCCCAGAAGACCGGAUAGGCGAAGCAUCGAGACAUUUGAUACAAUAUCUACCUGGUCGACGAAUGACGGAGACCGAACUGUACCGACGGCCUGGUCGCCGCGGAGCACUCCAACAAGGAAGGAGGAGGAUAAUUUACUGGAAAGAAGCGCCACAUUUGGGAAAAGCAGCAUCCGAGGGUCGGCUGCGGUGAAUGUUGGCGUUGCAAUAUGA